GUGUUCGACGAAGAAUUAUUUUUUUAAUAAAAUUAUUAUGGUUUUUGUAAAAAAAUGUUUACCAAAAGAUAUUUUUUUUGGUAAAAAUAAAAAACAAAUUAAUUAUUUUACAAAUUUUUUGAUCCGUAAAUGUCAUAAUUUAAGUGAUAAAAUUAUUAAACCCGAAUAUGAUGUGAUUGUUGUUGGUGGUGGACAUGCUGGUGUUGAAGCUGCUGCAGCAGCAUCACGAAUGAAAUGCAAGACUUUAUUGAUAACGCAUAAGUUCGAGACAAUCGGAGAGAUGAGCUGUAAUCCGGCUUUCGGUGGAAUCGGUAAAGGACAAUUAAUUCGUGAAAUUGAUGCUUUGGAUGGUCUUUGUGCUCGAAUCUGUGAUAAAUCGGGAAUUCAAUAUAAAGUUUUAAAUCGUAGUAAAGGUACGGCUGUAUGGGGAUAUCGUGCACAGAUUGAUCGUAAACUUUUCAAACAUCAUAUGCAAGAAGAAAUUCGACAUACUCCUAAUCUUACUGUUCAUUGUGCUUCUAUCGAAGAUCUUUUGCUGGAACAUGAAUCAUCAAACGAUGGAAAAUUUAUUUGCAAAGGUAUUGUUACUGAUUUAGGAAAAUGUAUUACUAGUCAUUCGGUUGUGAUAUGUACUGGUACUUUUUUACGAGGAGAAAUCAAUAUCGGAUUAGAACAUUAUCCGGCUGGAAGAUUGGGUGAUCAACCGGCCAUUGGCCUCGCACAAACAUUCGAAAAACGUAUUGGAUUUCGAAUGGGUCGGCUUAAAACAGGAACACCACCAAGAAUCGAUAAAAAUACUAUUGAUUUUAAUGGUUUAGAAAAAACAUUCGGUGAUAAUCCUCCUUUACCAUUUUCAUUUCUAAAUUCAUCCGUAUGGAUCAAACCUGAAAAUCAAUAUUAUACAUGGCUUACAUUUACUAAUGAUAAAGUAGCGGAUAUUGUACGUAAAAAUAUUCAUUUAAGUCGUCAUGUUCGUGAAGAAGUACGUGGUCCUCGUUAUUGUCCUUCGAUUGAAUCGAAAAUUUUAAAAUUUAAUAAUCGUUCACAUCAAAUUUGGCUUGAACCCGAAGGAUUAGAUACGAAUGUUAUCUAUCCGAAUGGAAUUUCCUGUACAUUACCUGAAGAUGUACAACGAAUUCUGAUUAAUUCAAUUGAUGGACUAAAGAAUGCAACAAUGCUUCGACCAGGAUAUGGUGUUGAAUAUGAUUAUGUUGAUCCAAGACAAAUCCGACCAUCAUUAGAAACUAAAAAAGUAUCAAAUCUUUUUCUAGCCGGACAAAUUAAUGGUACUACUGGAUAUGAAGAGGCUGCAUCACAAGGUAUUAUUGCAGGUAUAAAUGCUGCACUAAAUGCUAAUCAAUCAAAUAAUCCUAAUCAAAAUUUACCAAAAGAAUUUAUUAUCGAUCGAACUGAAGCAUAUAUCGGUGUAUUAAUAGAUGAUUUAACGUCAUUAGGUACUAAUGAACCAUAUCGAAUGUUUACUAGUCGUGCAGAAUUUCGUUUAUAUUUACGACCAGAUAAUGCUGAUAUUCGUUUAACUGAACGUGGUUAUAAUAUUGGUUGUGUUAAUAAUGAUAGAUAUGAAAAAUUUCUUCAAACCAAUAAUGCAUUGGAAAAUGCAAAACAAUUUCUACAAUCAAAACGUUAUUCAAUGAUCAGAUGGGCGAAUAUUCUCGGGUUAAAUAAUAAUCAAACAAGUAGUACAAAAGUAAAAGAUGGUUUAGAAAUGUUAUCCAUUUCAAAUUUAUGUAAUUUUGAAAAAUUCUAUAAUAUAUUCCCUGAUGAAUUAUUUCAAAUCAAUUCGGAUCCUAUUCUUAUACAACGAUUAACAUCCGAAGCAUUUUAUUAUCGUGAUAUAAUUGAACAACAAACACUUAUGGAAACUGUUAAACGUGAACAAUCUACAUGUAUUGAUGAAAAUAUUGAUUAUUAUGAUGAAUGUCUUAAUCUUUCCGCAGAAGUUCAAGAAAUUCUUUCCGAAUAUAGACCAACAACAAUUGGAGCAGCAACAAGAAUACCCGGUAUAACACCGGCUGCUAUUGUAAAAAUUUUAUUUUUUCUACGUCGAAAACAAAUUGUUGAUCAAAACAACAAAAAAAAUAUUAUUUACAACCAUUCAACAUGAACAGUAAUCAUGUUGUUGUUGUUGUUUUGAUCUAUUCUUUAAUCCAAGCUGUUUUGUUUUUUUUU